AUGGAUAUAAUGGAAUCAUUAGAGACAAUACCGUCCGUAGUAGUAGUUUCACUAAGUUCAAUAAUUUUAUUCUUUCAGGGGAUUAGUAGUUGCAAACCCUGUGGAUAUCAAGAACUAUCAAGCAAAGAUACAGGUGAUAUUCCAAUUGGUAGUACACGUUUUUCAACCGUAAAAAGGGAUGUAGCAAAGAUCGUAAUUAUCCUUUUACAAAUUGGACUAUUUGGAUUUUUAUUUUAUUUGAGAUAUAUACGAAAUGAAAAUGAACAAAAUGAAUACAGUAUUUUGUUAAAUAUUGCAUUAAUGAUUUGCUGGUCAUAUGCUUUGAUUUUAACAGUAAUUGGUAUAACAUCAGGUUCAAGAAAAUGGGGAUGGAUUAUAAAUUUCCAUCUGACAGCAUUUUAUUUAACUGCAGUAUUUUGUUCUUUAUUACAAAUUCGUUCCGCUUUAUACUCUCACUCUAAUUCUGUAAACUUUUCUAAAAUAAAACGAAUUGAAGUUUUAAUUUCCUUAGCAAAUUUCAUUUUAUCUCUUAUAAUAACAAUAGUUUCUAUUACAACUCCUCGAGGUCCUCCAUUAAUAAAUAAUAAUAGACCAGUUUAUGCAACCGAGUAUUGUUCAUUAUGGGAUUUUAUUAUGUUCAACAUAGUAGAUCUAUUAAUGAAAAAGGCCUAUUAUCAAUCUUCACUCAGUGAUUCUGAUUUUGAUCAAUUACCUUAUUCGUUAAGAACCUCUCCAUUGUACAAUUACUUUAAAAGACGGCGGGAUCGUUCUCUGUUAUAUCGAAUAGUAGAAGCAAAUAAGAAAGUUAUUUUAAUUCAAUUAUUAUUCACCGUAAUUACGGGAAUACUUUAUUAUGCUCCUUUUGCAUUCCUUUAUCGAUUUAUCGAAUUUAUUCAAAAUUAUCAAUAUGGAGAAAAGUUAGAAUGGGGUAUUAUUUAUAUACUUGCAAUGUUUCUUUCAAAUGUGAUCUUACAAUUAUCAGUAGCACAAGUUUGGUAUUGGUCUUCAUGCGUAUUACAAGUUGUUGUAAAAGCACAACUUAAUUCUGAAAUUUAUUCAAAAUCUUUGAAAAGAUAUGAUUCUACUAUUACUUCGUUUGAUGAUGAUGAUGAUGAUGAUGACGAAAAGGAAGACGAGAAUUCCGGAAAAGAUAAUGAAGAUGCGGAUGAUGAAGAUCAAAAUAAUCAAAAUAGCACUGUUGGAAAAAUUACAAACUUAAUGGCAGUAGAUUCUAAUAGAAUAUCAGAAUUUGCAACUUGGUGGAGUAGCAUCGUUGAUUGCCCUAUCGAGUUGGGUGUGGGAUUUUAUUUUUUGUAUCAAUUAUUAGGUAGUAGUUGUUUAUAUGGACUAUUAGUGAUGGUUUUAAUAUUACCAAUUAAUCAUAAAACCGCAAAAAGUUAUAACAUAACUCAGGAUAAAUUAAUGAAAGCAAGGGACAAAAGAGUUAAUUUGAUGAAUGAGGUAUUGCAAGGAAUUCGUAUGGUUAAAUUUUAUGCGUGGGAAAAAAAUUGGGAAAAUCGUAUAUUAGAUUCGCGUAAUUCAGAGCUCAAACAACUUCGUAGUACUUAUAUUCAACUGACAUUAUUCGAUUUAGUAUGGAUCGUUUCUCCUGUGCUAGUAACAAUUGUAUCGUUUUACAUUUUCACCAAAGUUCAAGGAAACGAAUUAACAGCAUCAAUAGCUUUUACCUCUUUGUCAAUAUUCUUUGAAUUAAGAUUUGCUCUUAAUAUAUUGCCCGAAGUAUUUAUGGAUGGUUCACAGGCUUAUGUUAGUUUAAAGAGAAUUGAAAAUUUUUUGAAUGAGGAUGAAAUUACUGAUUCAGAAUUAGAGAAUGGAGAUAAUUCAUUAGGACGAGGGAGUAAAAUUGCUUUUGAGAAUGCUACUAUUACUUGGAAUAGACUUGGUGAUGAAAAAAUUAAUGCCGAAGAACAAGAAUUUAAAAUGAGAAAUUUAAAUUUAGAUUUUCCCAUUGGAAAAUUAAGUAUAAUAUGUGGACCAACAGGAUCAGGAAAGACUCUAUUAUUAAUGUCACUACUUGGAGAAACUAACGUGAUAAGUGGAAGAGUAUAUUGUCCAAAGUCUCCAGCAGAUCUAGUAACCUAUGAUCUUAAUCCAUCGAAUUGGAUAUUGUCAAAUAGUGUUGCAUUGGUUUCUCAACAAGCUUGGCUUCAGAAUGCUUCCAUUAGGUCAAAUAUUAUUUUUGGUCUACCUUAUGAUGAAGAAAGAUAUGAGGCUGUGAUAAAAAUGUGUUCCCUAGAAAUAGAUUUGGAAAUUUUUGAAGAUGGUGAUAUGACAGAGAUUGGAGAGAAAGGAAUUACUCUUUCAGGAGGACAAAAGCAAAGAAUUUCUCUAGCAAGAGCGGUUUAUUCUAGAGCACAGCUUAUCUUGAUGGACGAUGUUUUAAGUGCAGUUGACACACAUACUGCUAGGCAUUUAAUGAAUAAUUGUAUAUUGGGUGAUUUUAUGAAAGGACGAACGAUUAUUUUAGUUACGCAUCACAUAAGAUUAGGUUUGAGUGGAGCUUCUUACUUGGUUUCCGUAGAUAAUGGUAAAAUAACAGUAUCAGGAGCGAUAAGCGACUUGAAGAGUUCUGGUAAAUUAAGUACAAUAUUAGAAGAAGCUGAUAGUAGGUCUGAAGAUGUUAAAGAUUCAGCAGAAUUAGCAGCAGAAAAAGUAGCAAAAGAUGACGCAGAUAAAGCAAAAUUCCAUCAUGUAGUUGGAGCUUCAACUGCAUCAACUUCUACAGCCGUAGAAAACGUUGAAAAUGAAGUUAAUUUAAGUGAUGUGCAAAAAGCAAAAAAGAAAAAUUUCAAAAAACCUAAGAUUCUCGUUGAAGAAGAAGCACGUCCGACUGGAGCUGUUAGAUUAAGGAUAUAUAAGACUUAUGUCCGUGCUAAUGGAUAUGUAAUAUUCUGGUCUUUAGUCGUAAUAAUUUAUAUUGUAACUAGGACGACUCAGAUCAUGGAAAGCUGGUGGCUAAAAGUAUGGUCAAAUGCAAAUUUAGAAAAUGAUAUCAGUAACAAUUAUACAUCAAUAUAUGAGAUUUCCCCUUUUUUGACUUCAAUAAAUAUAGCAACAAUUUCACAAAUUUUUACUCCAACUUAUUUAUUAAAUCAACAAAUCGAAAGGAUUUUAUCAGCAAGUAUUCUUCCAUUUAAUUAUGAUGAUGAUAAUCAAGAACAUACUGAAGAACAUAGUAUAGAUUAUUAUUUGAACAUUUAUAUAUUAAUUACAUUGAUAUCUAGUCUUUUUGGAGUUGCAAGAUUUAUCAUACUUUAUUAUGGGAGUUUAAAAGCUUCAAAAAAAUUACAUAAAACUUUGCUUCAUCAAGUCCUUAGAGCUCCGCUUAGAUUUUUCGAUACUACACCUGUUGGAAGAAUCCUUAAUAGAUUCAGCAAGGAUUUUGAAACUAUUGACAGUAAAAUAUCAGGUGAACUUGCUUGGGUUUUAUCUAAUAUCCUUACGACAAUUACUAUUACAUUUGUGAUAACAGCCAUCACAAAAGAAUUUAUUGUCGCUGCCAUUAUAGCUGGCGUUAUUUACGUGAUAGUUGGAAUAUUAUACCUUAAUGCUUCUCGAGAGUGUAAAAGAUUGGAUUCUGUGACAAGGUCACCUUUGUAUUCACAUUUUACGGAAACUUUGAUAGGAAUUACAACAAUCAGAGCAUAUGGCGCUACGAAGCGAUUUAUGCAAGAUACAUUUGAUAAGAUUGAUACAAAUCAUCGAGCGUGUUUUAAUAUGUGGAUUGCCAAUAGAUGGUUAUCAAUCCGUUACAAUUUAUCUGGUGCAGUUUUAUCUUUCUUUGCUGGCAUAUUUUUACUUUACAAUAUAGACACAAUAGAUUCAGGUUUAGCAGGAUUGUCAUUAUCAUUUGCAAUAAACUUCUCAGAAAUAAUUAUGUGGACAAUAAGAAGAUAUUCUUUAUUAGAAAUGAGUUUUAAUGCUGUUGAAAGAGUGUGCGAAUUUUCAGAAUUGCCACAAGAAGCUCAUGCCAAAAUAUUUCCGGGACCUCCAGCUGCCUGGCCAUAUGAAGGAAAAAUUAAAGUAGAAAAUUUAGAAGUUAAAUAUGCAGAAGAUUUAGAACCAGUAUUACAUCAUAUUAGUUUUAGUGUUAAAGGAGGUGAGAAAGUCGGAAUCGUAGGAAGGACGGGAUCAGGAAAAUCAACGAUAGCAUUAUCAUUAUUUAGAUUUGUUGAACCAUCCAAUGGAAAAAUAUCAAUUGAUGAUAUUGAUAUUAGCUCAAUUGGACUUGAAGAUUUAAGAUCAAAAAUUACAAUUAUACCACAAGAUCCUAUACUUUUUAGCGGAACAAUCCGUUCGAAUUUAGAUGUAUUAUCAGAAUAUGAAGAUUUUGAAAUUUUAUCUUCAUUGAAACGUGUUCAUUUAAUACCGUCCGACGUAGAACAAAUUAUUGCUUCAGAUACUUCAUCAUUUAGAACAUUGGAUAGGAGAGGAAGUGUGGGUGGUAAAAGUUUAGCGAGUAGGAGAGGAAGUAGAGGUUCAAAUGUGUACGAUAACGUAAACGUAUUUAAGGAUUUGGAUACACCUGUAAGUGAAGGUGGUAGAAACUUUAGUCAAGGACAAAGGCAAUUAUUGUGUUUGGCUAGAGCUUUAUUGAGAAGCAGUAAAGUGAUUUUAAUGGAUGAAGCUACUGCAAGUAUCGAUUUCGCUACUGAUGAAAAGAUACAACAGAUGAUCAGAACCGAAUUCAUAGAUUGUACUAUUAUGUGUAUUGCACAUCGAUUGAGAACCAUUAUUGAUUAUGAUAGGAUAUUAGUACUUGAUCAAGGUAAUAUAAUAGAAUUUGAUAGUCCUCAUAAUCUAAUAACAAAUCAUGAAUCUUUAUUCUAUAAAAUGUGUCAAAAUUCCGGUGAAUUUGAUCAAUUAAUGUCUUUAGCUUUAAAGAAAGGCAAUAAAGACGUUUAG